GUCUGACCGCCGCCGUCUUUCUGAUCAUAUUUCUUUGCUGUUGCAUCUCAGUUAGUAGUCUCACAAGGGGAGCGAAUGCUCAUGGCGAGCGGGAAUGAUCAGUGAUGAGACUUCCAUAGGGGAAGAUUCGAGGAUGAAAAGCGAUCAGCACACAACGUCGCACAGUCGUGGUACAGACGACCAACUCACCAACCCCGUGCCUUCCCAAGAUGCACAAGAUCCUAUAAAUUGGCCAUUAUGGCUCAAGAUUGUAAUACUUACACAAGCUUCUCUUCUCGCAGCUAUCGGAGGCUUGAACACUGCCGCCAUCAACCCGGCUUAUGCGCUGCUUGCUGAGGAGUUUGGUAUCAGCACCGUCAGAGCAUCAUAUCAGACGACGGUCUGCAUUGCGCUCAAUGGCAUUGCGCCGUGGCUCUGGAUCCCUCUCUCCAACAAAUACGGCAGACGGCCUGUCUACCUCGGAACCACCUUCCUGGGCUUUAUUUCAGCCUUGGGCUGCUCGUACACCCAGUCCUUCGGUCAACUUAUCGUCGCAAGAGUGUUCAAUGGCUUGUUCCCUGUGGCUUUUGCCUUAGGCGCAGCUACCAUCACUGAUAUGUUCUUCUACGACCAGCGGGGAAAAGCUAUGGGCUUCUUUACUGUGACUAUGGUCAACGGCAGCCACCUGGCACCCAUCGUCGGAGGUCUCCUGGGUCACUAUUGUGGAUGGCGAUGGAUUUUCAAGUUCGUCGCAAUCGUCGAUGCAGUCAUGUUGAUCACUGCCUUCUUCUGCUUACCGGAGACACUCUACAUCAGAAAGGGACCAGGCUCUCCUGCUAGCUUCGAUGCUACAAAGUCCUCAACUACAUUCUCUCCGCAACAGUCCCAGUUCAAUAGAUCGGUCUAUCUCUCACGAUUACGGCUGUGCUCGCGUUUUCCUCAACUGACACUCCGGCUGGAUCAAUUCGUCAUACCGGCUCUGAAGAUGGCUAAGUACCCGUCUGUACUAUUUCCUGCCAUAUACUAUGCUACCAUGUACGGCUUCGCCUCUAUCCUCCCUGCGGUUACGGUCGCGGCGAUCUUCACAGAGUUUUUCCAUUGGAACACGCUCACCAUUGGCCUCACUUAUGGAGCUUCGCUCACCCUGGGUGGCAUAUUCGGCGAAUGCGUCUCGGGCUGGGUCGUCGAUCGCAUUGUCAAACGCGAGAGAAAGCGCCUUGGCCGUGAUCCGGAACCCGAAGUCCGACUCAAAGCCAUCUGGAUGGGCGAGAUCAUUGUCCCCGCUGGCCUUCUGAUCUAUGGCUUUUGCCUGCAAUACCAUACAGCUUGGAUCGCGCCUAUACUGGGCAUGGGGGUCGCAUGCUUCGGUCUGCAAAUCAUCACCACGACCACGUACACUUAUGCCAUCGACUGCUACAGGACCGAGAGCAGUGAAGUGGCGCAGCUUUUCAACUUCAUCCGUCAGGAGAUCGGUAUGACCUUUGCCUUUUACGUGGUCAGACUCGGAGACAAGAUUGGCUAUCAAUGGACAUUUCUCAUGUUCGCCCUCAUCGGCGGUGUUUUGGCUUUCAUUCCCAUGCUACUCAUCAUCUUCAGAGGCGAGCAGUGGAGGAAAAGGCUGGGUAAACCGGUAGAUGUGAAUGUAUUUGACAGCAUGGCUCGCCCCAGCAAAGUAACAGAACAGCCCUACACCGCAGUCUAACCUUAGCAAUCUUCGAACGGCACACGAGCACACCAGCAUGUGGCGUUUCUGAAAACCCGACUCACGAUGGGGAACGUUGUCACCACUUUUAACGCUGAGAAUCGAGCUAAUGCAUGCUCCUCACUUCGCUACACUUCCGGGUCCUUCCCAGAUCUCAGAUCGACCUUCAAGGCUAAUCGAAGGAUUUCUCUCUGCCACGGUCGAUCGAUCGAUCGCCAUACAUUGGCGCUACAUGGGCAACCCUACCCUACAUGUGCACCACAGAUACGAGAUGUCAGGAACCGCAAAAAAGCCACAAGCGCGCAGAGGGGAACGAUGUGAGAUGGGCGCGCCAGCUUACCGCGAUGCACGGUCUUGGUUGCAUGGCCGGACAUAUCACUGGUCGCGGAGUUUUUAUUCUGCGUUCGCGUUCGCAUUCGCGCUCCCAUACACCCACCUCCCAGGGCCGGGAAGACUCCGGCCCACCAAUGUCCACCACGGUAUCUAACACGUACGCAAGCAGCCAGUGGUACUAGUCAGUCAGAGUGCUAGGUUGUUGUAACUGCCAGCAAGCACGGGGCACGAACAAGCCAAGGUGUGGACCUGGCCUGAUCUGAUCUGAUCUGAUCUGUGUGCUGUAUGUUGUCUCCCUUGAUCCUUGGGGUUGAUAGCAGUAGUAGUACUUGCUCGAAUUCGUCAGAGUCACCUACCGAGUACACCAUGUAGAGCUGAGACGAAAUAUAAGCGAACAGCGGUCCUUGAGGCUCUGAACAAUGACACAAUCUGAGAGCGAGAAAUAUAGCCAUGGCCGGCCAUAUGAUUCAAUCUGGCGCCUUGCCAUAUACUUCGGGCUUCAUUCUCGUUUGCCUUG